AUGGACUACGCGCAUCUAUCCUACUAUCCCAACAGCGAGGAAUCCGCGGCGCGGACAAGUUAUCGCUUGCAGAAUGAGGAACUUCCAAAAACGCUUCCCGAUAGGUUCCCCGCACAGCUUAAUUCAAAGAUGGUCUGGGAUAGGGAGAGUCUAUCGAUUGAUGAGCAUGAGAGUAAUGACGGGACGGACUGUGUGCUGGCGUUGGAUGAGGAGCAAUUGGCUGAGAUUGAUGCCGCCGUGAAGCACUUCGAAGCCCUGCACCUACCCCCCUCAAAAUUAGAUACAUCAACAUUCCCCCUCCCAACCCUCCACCCCAUCCUCCGCCGCGCAUCCCAAAACAUCCACUCCAGCCACGGCUUCACCCUCCUCCGCAACAUCCCCGUCGACAACUACACCCGCGCCCAGAACAUAAUCAUCUACGUCGGUUUGGCCUCGCACAUCGGGCCCGUCUUCGGCCGCCAGGACCACCAGUAUGCCGGCGAGCCCGCAGACGUGAUGAUGGCGCAUAUUACGGAUUUUCGCAAGAAAGAUGCCGCUGCUGAUGAGAAGAAGUUUUCGUUAGCGGCGUAUACGGAUGGAGAGGUUAUUUUUCAUACGGAUGUGGGUGAUAUUGUUAGUUUGUUUGUGCUGGGUGAGCCUGUGGAGGGCGGGGAGAGUUUGGUCGCUAGUGGGGGGAGGGUGUAUAAUGAGUUGGCGAGGACGAGGCCGGAUCUUGUGAGGGUUUUGGCCGAGGAGUGGUUGAUUCCUAGUGCGAAAAACGACACCAUCCACCAACGCCCAUUGCUCUUCUACCAACCACCCACCGACAAGGCCCCGGAGAGGGUGAUCAUCCAAUUCUCUCGCCGCUCAUUCUCCGGCUUCGGUAACGUCCCGCAAUCGAAAUACCUAACCGCAGCGCAAGCAGAAGCCCUCGAUGCGCUGCACUUUCUAGCAGACGAGUUCCAUAUCUCCAUGAAGUUGAGAAAGGGAGAUAUCCAGUAUAUUAAUAACUUGGCUGUUUUGCAUGCGCGGAGGAAUUACGUUGAUGAUAGUGAGCAUCGGCGACACCUGCUAAGGCUGUGGAUGAGAGAUCCGGAGAAUGCGUGGACGACGCCUGAGGAGAUGAGGGAGAGAUGGGGGAGGAUUUAUGGGGCGGAGGCGUCGAAUGGGCCGGAGGUUUUUCCUUUGGAGGCUGCUACUAGGUCUGUGGGGGAGCAGGGAAAGGAUACUACUUAG